AUGACCAUGGGUUCCAACUUUUAUUCUGACGUAUAGAGAAAAAUGAUAAAAUAAAUAGGGCUUUCAUACAGCCCACUCAGAUUUGUGCACAAAUGCAUAUUGAAUGUCAAACGAGUAACCGGUUCUUGUUUGAAUGUCGAAUAUCGAACGUCAAACGAGAACGAACUUCACACCGUUCUUGUACUGCAUGGGUUCUAACUUCUGAUUACAGGGCUAGUUAGUUGGCUCAGUUGUGCGUGUUCGUUGUUGUGGCUUGAUUGAUUGAUUGAUUGAUUGACAGCUAUUAGGCUGGCUGCUCUUCUUCUUUACUGUUUACAUUUACAAUACUGCUGUCACGAUCAGUGUGGUGAGAGUCAAAUCUCAGCUCCUCUUUGGUUGUGAAGCUAUUGUGUGACCAAGUUUAACUCGGGACACAGCACCGUUGUACAGAACCUUUUGAGUAUGCCGAGUUUUAGAACUGUAGCCUGGCUGGUAGCCCUUAUUGCUGUGUAUCUACAUUGGCCUAAACCACAUCUCUCUCAGAGACUUCAGGAGUGGGAAAACUCUGGCAAAUACUUCAAGUUCAAGGAGUUUAACGUCUUCUACAAAGAUUCCCUUGGUUCUGGCGACCCUAAAAAAGUGGUUCUAAUUCUACAUGGUUUCCCUUCUUCAACGUUUGAUUGGUACAAGAUGUGGCACGGGUUAAGCGAGAACUUUGGUCGAGUCAUCGCUGCGGAUUUCUUGGGAUUUGGUUUGAGUGAUAAACCGACGGGCCACUCUUACACUAUGUUUGAGCAAGCUGAUAUUAUGGAGUCUUUAAUGGCCAAAUUGGGUGUGGAGCGGGUUCACAUCCUGGCACAUGACAUGGGGGAUACAGUAGCACAGGAACUUAUAGCAAGACAAAAUGCCGCAGAAAAAUCAAAGAGGAAACUUGAUCUGGAAAUCCUCAGUGUGUGUCUGACCAAUGGAGGAAUCUUGCCUGAAACCCAUGAGCCAAGGUUUAUGCAAAAGCUCUUGUUGAAACCAUGGAUUGCUCCUGUGGUAAAGCGACUCACCAAUCAUUUCAUUUUUAAAAAAUCGUUUGGUGAAGUAUUUGGUAAACGUACUCAACCAACAGAUGAUGAGUUUCAAGAUCAUUGGGCUUUAAUUCGAUGGAAUGAUGGCGACUUAAUAAUAGACGAACAGAUUCAGUACCUACCCCAGCGGUUUGCCAAUCGGGAUAAAUGGGUUGGAGCUCUUCAAGAAACAAAAAUACCCUUGCAUCUAAUAUUUGGUCCAUCAGACCCCAUCAAUCCACCAGACACCUUCCUGAAGCGCUACAAGAUGUUGAUCCCACAUUCUGGAGUGACUCAGCUUGCUGACCACAUCAGUCAUUACCCACAGCUUGAAGAUCCUGAGAAUGUCUUAGACGCCUAUGUUAAAUUUAUGGAUACUGUCAAACUUUAAGAUUACAAAACCAGAUUUUGCAAUUUUGUAUCUUUUUUUUUAUGGGAAAAAGUUUAGGUGAUUGUUUUAUUUCUUUAAAUGAUAUUUGGAGAAAACUUUUCAUAUAUUUGAUUAUUUCAUACUUAUUUUGAAGCAAUAAUUUAACAAUUAUAAAUUUAGCCUUCGAGAAAGACUCUGCUACUGGGGUCGAAACAUCAGGCAAUUAACUUUAUUUUUUUGCCAUUAUAAAUUGCAUAAGAUUGCUGUCCUGUUGCGGAAUACGCAGUGUUAAAUUCUAUGUUUAUUGUCCAUUAAAUGGAAGUUUGCUUUCUCGAACAUGCUCAUAAGUAUACAAAUAUAUUUAAAACAUUACAUAAUUACAAAUUAUGCUGAAGAAUAAUAUUUUUUACAAUAUUAACAGUUGUUUUUUUUGUUUUUUAAAGCAAGAUAUUAAACUUUUCAUAGUGGGAAUACAAUCCCAGAUCCUUUCAGAACCACAGAAGUCAUUAAUAAAUUAUCAUAAGUUUUGUUUAUCAAUAUCUGAAAAGCGUAUCAAAAAUUAAUUUUACAAUAACAGUCAUGAUAUCCUUCCUCCUUCAAUCUGAUUUCCGAAUUUUGGGCCUUGAGAUAAAUUCGCAAAGCGGUCGUUAAAAAGUCUUGAAAGUUAAAGCCUGUACACCAUUGGUCAGCCCAAGUUACUCAGUAAAGUUUUCCUACAUUUUUCCAAAGGCCGAAUAUCAUGCUUGAGUAAUAAUUAAUGAAAUUUUAAAGGAAAGGCAUAUUUAUGGUAAUCCCUCUUAAAAUUAAUGGCAAUAAAAAUCUUUAGUUGGAAACUACAGCAGCUUUCGAUAGCAAUAAGCAAUGUGAGAAA